AUGGUCAGGUCCAAAGUCUGUUGGUAUUGGCUCUUUGGAGACAAGGUACAGAUGAUGUGCUCCUCGAUGGCUUCGUCAUCCUCAAAGUCCUCCUCAUCAUCGUCCUCCUCGUCAUCCUCGUCAGAGUUCUCAGAGUUCUCAGAGUUGUCCUCGUCGUCCUCGGAUUCGUCAGACUUUUCUUUUUCAGCGUUUUCGUCUUCAACUUCAGUGAUCUUCUCCUCAUUCUCCUCGUCGCUGGACUCAUCCAUGUCGAUAUCAAAAUCCUCAUCGUCAGAGUCGAAGUCGUCAAGCUGGACAGACUUCUUGAGGAUUCUCAAGGUGGAUGGCUCCUCCUUAUCGUCGAAUGCUUCUGGGUUAACAGCUGCCAAAGUCAAUCUGACAGUGACUGGGAAGUCCUCAGGCUGA